AUGCCCAGUCAGAGUAUCACUUUUGUAGUAUCUCAAGAACUUAACACUCCAUUGAGGAUUAAAGUAGUGUCAUUAGAUGGUUGUAAACGUUUGUUACAGCCUUCGCAGAGGUUUACCCAAUCACAUUUGGCUAAGAAAGUCUCUAAUCUAAGAGUUAUUAGUGACCUUUUUGUUUCUGUACAAGUAUUUGAUAAAGAGAGAAAUAGGAUGUUAACACCUCCUGUAUACACCCAGCAUGUUCCAUUCAAGAAUGGUCGUAUUUGGAACCAGUGGCUAGCGCUCCCUAUCAAUAUAAAUCAAUUGGAUCAGAAUAGCACUUUGAAGAUACGCAUAUGGGAAUAUGACGGUGGAGAUGAAUGUUUAUUUGCUGCUAUGGAGACUCCAGUCUUUUCAUGUGUUGAUGGAACUUUGAAAAGGGGUAAAGAAUCUAUACGAUUUGAGUACGGUGUUUCUGACUCUUCUAAAGUAGAGGUCAGUGAUAUCCAAAGAUUAAUGAACAAAUACGACCAAGGAGAGAUAAAAGCGGUGGAUUGGUUAGAUAAUUUGACGUUCAAAAAAUUAGAGAGCAUGCAAAAGGAGAUGCGGCUACCUAAGGGAACGUUUCUGUUAAAUAUUGAAUUCCCGUAUAUUGAAUUGCGAGUGGUUUAUACGGAGACUGUCAAUCCAGAUGUACAGAAAAACAUACCGACGUUACAUAACUUUGAGCAACUUAAUGAAGCAACUGAAAGCAAGCAAGAUACCCAAGCUAAAAUAUCGAUAGGGGAUUCACAUCAGUCAACUCUGAAGUUUUAUGACCCUGAUCAAUACAAUGUUGACGUGAUAGAAGAAAAAUUUCAAAGGUUAGAAAGAUCUUCAAAGAGUUCUACAUUGGAUCGUGAAUUAAAACCUGAUGCUAAGAAGCGUGAUAUACUGAACCAAAUACUUGCAUAUCCUCCAUGCACUAGACUGACUGCUCAUGAAAAGGGACUAAUCUGGAAAUACCGAUAUUAUUUGGUGAAUAAUAAGAAGGCUUUGACAAAGUUACUACAGAGCACCAACUUAACAGAAGAAAAUGAACGUAAAGAAGUCCUUGACCUAAUGGAUAUCUGGGCCGAAAUCGACAUUGAUGAUGCCAUUGAGUUGUUGGGUCCGGUCUACAAAAACCUUUCGGUCAGAUCCUAUGCUGUUAACAGACUGAAGAAAGCUUCUGACACUGAAUUGGAAUUAUACCUUCUCCAACUUGUUCAAGCAGUAUGCUUUGAAAGUUCGUCUACCUGGUCCGACAAGUCUAAUAGUGCAUUUACUAUCGUUAAUAUGGACCAAAGCAAGAAUGGAAACAUUACACCAAAAUCCCUUACUCCACACAUGAUGGCUUCAUUAGAUAGUAUGGAAAGGUCGGAGGCAGAAUCAACUGGUGCGGAGAGUUCUGUUGUUAUUUCCCCAUUAGCAGAGUUCUUAAUCAGGCGUGUGAUGAAUAACACUAGGCUUGGGAACUAUUUUUACUGGUUCCUAAAAUCAGAGAUAAACGGGUGCCAGUAUUUAGUCCACAUUCUGGAUAGCUUUAUAUCAAGACUACCCGAUGAAAAACGAUCACUGAUAAAUGACCAAUUAAAAUUAGUAACAAUAUUGAAAGAAUGUUGUUUAGAAAUAAAGAAACUCAAAGAUUCGACUCCUAAAAAACAGGAACUGUUGCAUUAUCUAAUGGUGUCAAAAAUGAGACCUUUUUUGCGCAACAACAAUGUUGCAUUACCUAUAGAUCCGGAGGUGGUCGCGGUUGAUGUAGUUGUUGAAGAGUGUAGAAUCUUCAAGAGUUCCCUGUCUCCAUUAAAAAUAACUUUUAGAACGAAAGAUAGGCUUAAAUAUUCCCUUAUGUUUAAGGUUGGAGACGAUUUAAGGCAGGACCAAUUUGUUGUUCAAAUCAUUACCUUGAUGAAUGCUUUGCUAAAAAAUGAAAAUGUGGACCUAAAAUUAACUCCAUACAGAAUUUUAGCAACAGGCGGAACUGAAGGUGCAAUUGAGUUCAUCCCUAAUGAUACUAUGGCAAAUAUUUUGAGCAAACAUCAUGGAAUCCUCCCAUUUUUAAGGAGUAACUUUCCUGAUGACGAGGAGCAUCUGGGCGUUCAAGAUUGGGUCAUGGACAAUUUUGUAAAAUCCUGCGCAGGCUACUGUGUAAUAACAUAUAUCCUUGGUGUUGGUGACAGACACUUGGAUAAUUUAUUAAUUACUCCAGAUGGGAGGUUUUUCCAUGCAGAUUUCGGUUACAUCCUAGGACGUGAUCCAAAACCAUUUCCCCCACUAAUGAAACUUCCCCCUCAAAUAAUUGAAGCGUUUGGUGGGGCAGAGUCCAAUAAUUAUAAUAAAUUCAGAAGCUAUUGUUUCGUAGCAUAUUCUAUCUUGAGAAGAAACGCAGGUUUAAUUCUUAACUUGUUUGAAUUGAUGAAAACAUCUGACCUUCCUGACAUCAAGAUCGACCCUGAUGGCGCAAUUUUAAAGGUAAAGGAAAAAUUCUGCUUGAACAUGUCAGAAGAACAAGCUACAGUGCAUUUUCAAAAUCUUAUCAAUGCAAGUGUUAGCGCCUUAUUACCUCUGGUUAUUGAUCAUCUGCACAACUUGGCUCAGUAUUGGCGCUCUUAA